CUCCUCUUUUCCCCAUAAAACCAUGGAACUUUAGAAAAAGCAUCAUUUUGGAUUGCUAGUUUAUUUUAGUCCACUGUCCAGAGGAAAAUGGCCUCAGCACAUGACAGAGCAGUUUUACAGGCCAUCUUUAACCCUACCAGCCCCUUUGGAGAUAUUACUGGGUCAAACCAAGAAGAUGAGCUGACCGAUGAUGACAGUGAGUUUGACCCAGAGCUAAUUAAACAAGUGAAAGAUCUGGAACUACAGGGAGUUUUAGCUGCUGAGUCUGGAGAUCUGCACACUGCACUGCAGCAUUUUAACCAAGCCAUCAGUGUCCUGCCCCAGAGGGCUUCAGCCUACAACAACCGAGCCCAGACCAAACGUCUGCAGGGAGACAUUAAAGGUGCUGUUGAUGAUCUGGAACAUGCCAUAUCUCUGAGCAGGGGUGCUGGACGAUCAGCCUGCCAGGCUCUGGUCCAGCGUGGGCUCCUCCUUAGGUUAGCGGGCCGUGAUGAGGAGGCUCAGGUGGACUUUCAGAGAGCAGCAGGUCUUGGCAGUGAGUUUGCCCGGCAGCAGGCUAUACUCUUGAACCCCUACGCUGCCCUAUGCAACCGCAUGCUGUCAGAGGUCAUCAACAAACUACGCAACCCAGAGAUGCAAUAGAGAUGGAGAAAAAGGCAUAUAUAAAAUCACCCUCAUAAAUGUAUUCACUGUUCUGCAAUGAAGGCAUUAAUUUGUUAAAGUUGUACUUGUUAACUGAAGUCAAUAUAUAUAUAUAUAUAUAGA